GCGAACACACACACGCACGCACACACACAUACACGCAAACCCGGAAGAGUGUGCGACUCUAAAUCCAAUCCAAUUUCAGGACACACACCAAAGGGGGCUCGGUGAUUCAUUAAGAAAUCACGAGAGAGACUAACUGUUGGAGCUGUGCGCUGGCUGCUGUGUUACAAUAAAGACACAGGCACCAUUACGGCAGCGCCGAGGUGCGCUUCAGACGCGUCCGGAACGGAGGCAGAGGGCUUCUUUUUACCCCCCUUGCGCAAGGGGAGAGAAAACGGCUCGCAUUGACGUCAAAUGAACUGACUUUUUUUUUCUUUUUUACCGCUGGCGUGACAGAGGCGAGCGGAGCUGCCACUUUGUGACUAAAAUGUGCGCCGAAUACAUCAACCUGAGAGACGCUGCUGCCGGCUUUUUCAAUUAGGCGAACCGGUAACACGCGUCGCUAUUUUACAACUCUAAUCGAUGCUUUGCUGAUCGGAAGAAGAACUCGCUGUGAAUUUGAGAUUUAGUUGCGCGAGAGAGAGAGAGAGUGGAUGGGGGAAGAGAGCGACGCUGCAUCCCGCUGUUGACAGAGAGACCACUUGUGUGCCGUCACAACUGUGCCAAAGAGACAGGGAGUCUUUUUUUGGAAGCCACCGGAGCGGACCCGACCGGCAUAUCAAUCAGCGUCCUGGGGAGCACCGAGGAGGAAAAGGCAUUGUUUUAAAGGUGUGUGUGUGUGUGUGUGUGUGUUGGGGGGUGGGGGGGGGGGGUUGGAACAGAGAGCGGGAGAUGGCACUUUUCCCGUUUAAAGCAGGGUGGACAUCAACAGUCAGCGGCAAACUAAUGUAAAGAAAACAAAAAAACAGUUCCCUCUGUCUUGCCGCGGGUGCGCACCGGCGAGGAGGCGCAAGAGACCCGCAGGAUCAUCGAUUCGCACUUUGAGAUCUUGCGCUGCUGCUGCCUGUGUGACAGGAGCAGACGGAGAGGAGACGGUGGAACGGCGGGAUUACCGGGCGCUUCUUCUCCCAUAAAAAACGAAAGAUCAUUACAUUGUUUUGUUUAAUCAUGAACGCCAGGAUAUUGUUUUCGCUCGUUUGUUCUGCAGCGUUUUUCACCGGGCUGCAGUGCGCCUCGACAAGGACCACGGCGGGGAUGGAUGUCCCCACCGCCGGCUUCGGCAACGUGAACGGCGGCGGCACCAGCGGGGAAACGGGGAGCAAACGGGACUCAAACCAAACCAUGAACUCCAGGCUCAAGAGGAAAACCCUCGCGGUGGAUUUUGCAGUCCCUUCUCUGUUGCGCUAUUACCUGGCGGAGUUCAUAAAGAGACCCCUGAACGGCGACUGCCAGACUUCCAGCGGGUGCUACGCGGUGCGCGCAAACUUGAAAAUGCGCUGCACACCCCUGCAGAAGACCGUGUCUACUUUUGCGGACUCCGCGCCGAGGAACGCGUCCGCCGAGGGACAGCUGCCCUUCUCCCACAAGCGGCCGCUGUCCAAAGUUCUGAAACUAGGCUUGACGAAAGCCAGCAGGAAAUUGAACCAAGUCGUGGUGGAAAUAGGAGAGGAUCUAGUGCGGACGGGGUGCGGGGGUUUGUCCGUGCACGAGGAGGCCCCGCCGCUCGACCUGGAAAUGGACCUCACAACUAUUCUGGAGUGGUGGCUUGGCGCGGAGGGGGCCCGGCUCAGGGUCCGGCUCAUCCCAGAGAAAAAGGCGCAGGUGCCUGGGAUGGAGGAUCGCUACACCGCGGCCAUACGCGCCGCGGACCCGCGCCUCUUCCUCCAGAUAUCCUCCAGGGGUGAACCGUUGGGUGGCAGAGCUGCUGCUGGCAUUCCUAGAGGGUACUGGAGCUUCUCCUGGGUGGCCGAGGAUGACCUGAGCUUUCCCAACGACUCCGUGCCCAUGUCAGAUCACCGAUGCCCUGGCAGUAGCAGAACAUGUGACCAGCACCUGGAGGGUAUCCCAGAGUUCACAUGGAGCAUAGUGGCUGCCGGGGACCUGCGGGAGGAAAGGAACGAGAAAAGCCAGAAGAAGGCAGGAAGCCCCCAGGGGUGGGAGGAAGGUAAGAACGAAGGCCACUUCCUCUGGGUGAACAGCUCAGCCUUUGGCGGGCCCUGGGUGCUAAGUCCCUGGCUGUGGGGGGGGCAGGGCCCCUGUAGCCUGGACAUGGCUGUGUUCCUCCACCCCAAACAAAGUGGGCAAUACACCACAUGGCUCAUAGAGCGGGACAAACCGCCAGUCGCCCUCUUCUCCACUGACACGCUUCCGCGCAUCACAGGCUGGGCGGUGGUCCACCUCACCCUGGGGACCCACGGAGGAUCGCCCUUCCGGGUCUCAGCCAGCUACGAUCAGCGGAUUCCGCUGGAUGACAUGGCCACCAUCGAGCCCCACUUCACCACCAACUGCACCAUGGCGUCCGCACCCGGCCCUAACGUCACCCUGCAGGGCCAGUACCACUGUCACCAGGGACCGGGGAUCCCACUGGACAAACUGUGCGACUUCAGCACGGACUGCCCACUCGGCGACGACGAAGGCGACCUAUGUCGUGAGUACAGCAUGACACCGAAUGUGCAAAAAAAAAAAAACCGAAAAGCUCACGUGUCCGCCGGCCCUUCAUGCAUUCAUCCCUGCGUCGAAAAAUAUGUGCAGUCGAUCUCUCUCUCUCCCUCGCUGCAGUCCAACGGCAUGCUGAAUAGGAUCUGCCUGGAGCAGAGCGGCCCGAUGGUGAACAAAACCCAAGUGAAAGGGGGCGGAGGAGGAGGCGGCGGGGCCACGUAUGUGUUCAAGGUGGACAAAGAGGUGUAUAUCCCCCUCAUCAUCGCUGCUGGGGGAGGUGGCCGGGGCUACAGCAGCCUAUCAGAGACCCAGCUGGAGCAGAUGGACUAUGACCCCAGCCAACCGGGACGCAGCGGGAAGUCAAACGCUGCAGGUGGAGGCGGCGGUUGGAAUGACAGGGCUCCUGUCAGUCAGGGGGGCAGACCGCUGGUGCUUGGAGGCCAGGGAGGGCAGGCCUGUCAAAAGUUCUGGCAGACCAGCGGCGGCUUCGGGGGCGGCGGAGGUGGCUGUAUGUCGGGCGGUGCCGGCGGAGGCUACAGAGGUGGUAACACCUCCGUGGACAACAACCCCAAACACGACGGCGACGACGGCACCUCCUUCCUCGGUCCGGAGGGAGAGCCCUUCCUCUACCCUCUGAAAGCUAUGGAGGGGGAUGGCGAGGUGAUCAUCAGUCCGGUGCAGAACUGCAGCCACUGCGACAGCGACGAAUGUCACGAGACCAAGGCCGGCAUCGUCUGCUACUGUGAUGAAGGCCUGAUUCUGGCGCCAGACGGGGUGUCCUGCAUCAACGCCACAGAGGUGUCCCUGCUGCCCCCCCAGCCGUCUCUCUCCCACCUGGCGCUGGGUCUGUCUGUGGGCACCUCCGCCCUCAUCGCCGCCCUGCUGCUGGCUGUGUCCGGGGUCAUGAUAAUGUACAGACGUAAACACACAGAGCUGCAGUCUAUUCAGCUGGAGCUGCAGAGUCCAGACUGCAAGCUCAGUAAGCUGCGGGCGUCCACCAUCAUGACCGACUACAACCCCAACUACUGCUUCGCCGGCAAGACGGCGUCGGUCAACGACCUGAAGGAAGUACCGCGGCGCAACAUCUCCCUCACCAGGGGCCUGGGUCAUGGUGCUUUCGGUGAAGUCUAUGAAGGGCUGGCAGUGGGGAUACCAGGUGAACCGAGCCCACUGCAAAUGGCAGUCAAGACCCUUCCUGAGGUUUGCUCUGAGCAAGACGAAUUGGACUUCCUCAUGGAGGCUCUAAUUAUCAGUAAGUUCAGCCACCAGAACAUUGUGCGCUGUAUAGGAGUCAGUCUGCAGGCCAUGCCAAGGUUCAUCCUGUUGGAGCUGAUGACCGGAGGAGACCUCAAGUCUUUCCUGAGGGAGACCAGACCCCGGCUGGAGCACCCGUCCAGCCUGACCAUGGUGGACCUCCUCAGUGUGGCCAGAGACAUCGCAAAGGGCUGCCAGUAUCUGGAGGAGAACCAAUUUAUACACAGGGACAUUGCAGCUCGGAAUUGCCUCCUGACCUGCAAAGGGCCGGGCCGCGUCGCCAAGAUUGGGGAUUUUGGGAUGGCUCGAGACAUUUACAGGGCAAGCUAUUACAGGAAGGGUGGGCGCGCCAUGCUGCCAGUGAAAUGGAUGCCACCAGAAGCCUUCAUGGAGGGCAUCUUCACAUCUAAAACAGACACGUGGUCAUUUGGGGUUCUGCUGUGGGAGAUCUUCUCAUUGGGCUACAUGCCAUAUCCAAGUCGCAGUAACCAGGAAGUGUUGGAGUUCGUAACCAAUGGUGGAAGAAUGGACCCACCGAAAAACUGCCCUGGGCCGGUGUACCGUAUAAUGACUCAGAGCUGGCAGCAUCAGCCUGAAGACAGGCCCAACUUCUCAACUAUCCUGGAGAGAAUUGACUACUGCUUACAGGACCCUGAUGUGGUGACCAUGCCCUUGCCUAUAGAGUAUGGACCCGUCCCCGAAGAGGAGGAGCGAGUACCCAUGCGCCCUGAUGACCCCUCAGCUCCAACCGUGCAGAUGAAUGCCCAGGUGCCUGAUGGGGAGGUUCUGCAGCCGCCCCCAUCCUAUCCUACUGAGGACAACCGGAGAGGUGGGGAGCACAUGGUGGAGACCAGCACAGCAUCCGAGGCCACAGCACAGACGUCGGCCCAGUCCCAGCCGUACCUCCACCAGCACCAGCACCAGCAGCCUCACACGCAGACCUCCAUCACCAUGACCACCACCAACACAGUCACCUCCACAGCCAACUCUACACUCACUGCCAAGGGAUCUCACGUCGCCACUGAGCCCAGCCCUGAGGGGGGACACAUCAACCUGGCGUUCACCCAGGGCCACGUGACAGAGAAGGAGGGCCACAACGGGAAGAGCAGCAGUCUCUGGAACCCAACAUACGGCUCGUGGUUCCUGCAGCAGAGACAACAGCAGCAGCAGCAGCAGAGGCAGGGAGGGGUAGGGGGAGCAGGCGGGAGUGGGGGCAGGGUGCCUGGCGAGGGGCAGGAGCAUGUUGGCCGGACUGUGGCUGAGGUGGCGGGGGCGCUGGGUCUCCAGCACCAGCACAAGCAGUUCCAGCAGCAGCAGCAGCAGCAUCAGCUCCAGCAGCAGCAUCAGCUCCAGCAGCAGCACCAGCUCCAGCUGCUGCACCAUCAGCAGCAGCAGCAGGGUCUUUGCAGACCUCUGUUACCCCCACCCCCACCUCCCACUGCCCAAUCGCCUCUGCUUUUAGAUUCCGCUGCCCUGCCCCCUGUUCCCCUCUACAGACUGAGACGGUUCCCCUGUGGGAACAUCGGCUAUGGCUACCAAGAGCAGGGCAUGCCCCUGGAGGCCGCUCACGGUAACCCCAACCCCCCUCCUCCACCCCCUCCGCCCCAGCAGGGCAUCUCCAUGUCCUCCUCAGCAGCCCACCAGAGGGGGGUCUCCAUUCCCGCCUCAGUGACCCUGGGUCGGUCGGGUAUGUCCGAGGACAGCCGUCCACUGCUAGUCACCAUGGGGACCGUACAGGACCCCAGGCUGCCCAGGAUGGAGGGCCACAACGCCACCGUGCUUUAGCCCGAACGCCUGUACCGCUGGUCUUUUAGUUUUUUCAGGCCCCGUCUUUGGCGACUGGGUGUUCGGGACACGUGAGGAAACACUGCGUCAGGACAGAGGCGGUUUUACACCACCCCUACCGUCCAGCCAUUUUGGUUGCUUCCUCCAUUUCUCACUGAAACAGAGCUGAAUGAGUCCAUCAGGCUUUUCCCACGAGAACCCUGGAGGUGUGUUAACAAUCCCCAAUGGAUGCUGAAGCACAUCAGAAAAAAAAGUUAAAAUUAAAAAAAAAAAAAAAGCUUUUGGAGGAAAGAUGUAGAGUAAAGGCUGGUUUCAAGAGUUUCAAAAAAUGUAUUUUUUCAAUGCUGGAGGGAUCAUGAGAGUGAGAAUCCGAUGGAGAGUUUAUGGCACAGGAGGACACAAGGACAACUUUCCAUCUGCUCGUGACCAGGGGCGAGGACAUUUGCCAUGUGUUCAUUGACAGCUGAGGAUGUCUCUGGACUAUCCUUAUAUUUUGCCAAACUUGAGUCACAUACUAUGGUGACCAGUUUGACUGUAGCAACUGAGAAGUUGUGUGCAGCCACAUGUGUCAGUUCUACCACUGAGCCCUCACACACAUCCUUUUGGAAAACAACCAUGUGGUGAUUAACUUGUAUCACACUGAUUUUACACUGGAUUGCCAGAGAUGUUUAUACAAAAAAAAUACUGGGAAAAAUGUGUUUGUUGAUGUUUGCUUGCCUGCUUGUUUAUUUAUUCUUUUGUUUAUUUAUUAUUUGGAAGUGGCUCUAUAAAUUAUUCAUGAACAUGCUUCUUCAAAUCCAAACAAAUUCAUCUUACAUCAACUGGGUUUCACUUUAGUUUGUUUUUUUAAGAUGAAUGAAUUUGUUCAUGGUAAAAAGAAAAAUUGAAAUGGGAGAGAUUGAACAAUCCCCCCCAAAAUAUGAUCAACCCUAGUUAUCAUCACAACACUGAUGCAGGAAAUGAGUUGUGUCCUUUAAGGUGACCAUUAAAGUAGAAUAGUUGGAUAAAUAGAGCACUGACGCAGGCUGGGGAGAUUAUUCUGACGUUAGAAUAGAACAGAUCGAACACGAGUCACAUGUUACUAUUGCUGAAGAUGUGUAAUAGGUCCCUAUUACACAUACUAUCACAUACUGUCGAGUUCACUGCUCCAUUCUGUUGAAAGAGUGCACUGUGACAGUGAAGUUGAGGCUUUUUUCUUUUCUUAUGGCUUUUUCUGUAACCUUUUAAUUCAUUUCUUGUUUAAAAAAAAAAAAAACAGUUUCUUUCCUCUUUUUGUCUUGAUACAGAGACAUAGUGGAUAUUGCUGAAUCAAUCUUAACCUUCAUCUCAAAGCACUCUACAUGUUCUAUUAUAGGAUGGCUGUGGAAUACAGAUGAGUCCGGGUAACAAGUUUGAACGCAAACUGCUUUUCCUCCACAUGUGAUUGAAGUUUGAGUCUCAGUCCGCUCAUUUUCACACACACGGCGUUACCACUCUGGGUUUAACGUCUGCUUUUUUUCACUAUGAUGGACGGUUACACACCGUUCAUCUUUCAGACAGUGGCACGAGUGGGCGGUGUUGAUAUUAAGGUUGAAUGGCGACGUGUGUCAGGGUUUUUUUUAAUGCUUUUUAAUGUAUUUGGCAAUCCUGUCGGUGUUUCUGCUGUGAAGCGACGACGAGCUGCCGUGAUGCUCAGUGACUGAUUAAGAGGAAUGCAUUCCUGUGGGCCAAAUCAAUGAGCGAGUUAAUACUGGCAAAAAGGAUUUUGCUUCGUCGCCGGUGUGUUAAAUGCAUUCAUUCUGUGUCCAUCCCCUCCACAGCUCAUCUCCAUUGUUUGAUGUAAAAAGACAACCUGAACUGCACCUGUAAAUGUUGUAAUUAUAAAGUAUUGUACUAUGGCUCUGGUAAAAGCUGUAAAUUGCCCUUCAGAAGGCAUUCGCCAAAAUUAAUAAAUUACUAUAUAAUAA